AUGGCUCCCCUCACCGCGCCCCAGAAGCGCAGCAAUUCGCAGCUGAGUCCCACGCCGUCUCUAAGCACCUAUUUCAUCUCCGCCCUCUCCGACCUUCACCAACACGCACUCACGCGACCGACACCACGCGUGUAUCUGUGCGUCUCGGCACCAGACUGUAGAUCAGCGUGCUGUCCUUCGACUUUUGGGGCCGACAUGUACAACAUCAUCGACGACUCCGCUGCCAAACCUACCCGCGUGGACACGCUCGUGGAAGGCACCGACAUGGCAACGCCUGCACUCAGGGGAUGGAUUGCGCCGGGCCCCAAGGGGCCAAUGUCAUCGCGUGCGCAGGAGACGAAGGAGAAGAACGUUGGAAUGAUCGACGGCGAAGGGACGGUCCAAGCGGAAGCAGUCACAGCCGUCAGCUCGUCCGUGACGACAGCAAGCUCCACCGCAAUGUCCUCGAGGCGUUCAAGUUUCGAGGACAAGACGCCCGCAUGCCUGUCGCGCUUCACGCCGCCGGACAAUUUCGGCACGGUCGUCGAUGGCAAGAUUUUCCGAAGCGCCUAUCCGAAGCAGGAGAACUACGGCUACUUGCAGAGCUUGAAACUGAAGAGCAUACUCACUCUCGUCGAUGACUGUCCGGAAUCCUACACCAAGUUCAUCUGCGAGAAUGGUAUCCGCCAUUACCGUGUUUCCAUCCCGCCAAACAAGGGUCAAGUCUGCAUACCACCAGAGGCGAUGGUGCAGGCUCUCACGGUUGUUUUAAACCGGAGCAAUUACCCUCUGCUUAUCCACUGCAAUAAGGGAAAGCAUCGCACCGGCUGCGUGGUAGCAUGUUUUGAAAAAGUUCUGGGAAAGAGCAACAAGCAGAUCAAAGAAGAUUAUCACACGUAUGCGGCAGAGAAAGCCCGCGUUCUGGACGAGCAGUUCAUGGACGGUUUCGACGAGCGCUCGGUGCUCUGGAUGGCCAGGUUCCAGGGCUGGGUUCCUGACGACGAGCCGCGCUCGCCGCUGUGCACACGCACGCAGUCGCCUCGCCAGGCUGCAUAA